CGCAUCCCGCACACCGCUGCCCUGCGCCCAGCCCUGCGGCUCCUGUCCCGGGCGUCCUGGCCCCAGGGUAGCUCGGCAGCGUUCCGGAGGGCUGCGCUGCGCUGCACGGGCGGUGGGGACCGAACACACAUCCCCGAGCGGGACUGCCUCUUGCGCCCAGCCCUCUGCACCCAUCCCGGGGAGCUGCCCUGCGCCGGGAGGGUGGCCGGCACCCAUCCCGGUGGAAGUGGGCUGCCUCCCGCUCGUCUCCGGGGCGCGCAGCUCGGCCGGCGUGCGGGGGCUGCAGCGCCCAGCCCCGCUGUGCCCGGCGUGCGGCGGCGGCCCGGGGCUGCCGCUCCUUCCCAGCGCCGCCGGCCGGCUCCUGGCUCCCGCCUCGUUUUAUGGUCGUGGAGAGGGAGGACAAAUCCCAAACCAGCUGCGUAAAUGAGUAUGGAAGAUUAUGAUUUCCUCUUCAAAAUUGUUUUAAUCGGCAACGCUGGCGUGGGGAAGACCUGCUUAGUCCGUCGCUUCACUCAGGGGCUUUUCCCACCAGGGCAAGGAGCCACGAUUGGGGUUGACUUUAUGAUUAAAACUGUGGAGAUAAACGGUGAAAAAGUAAAGCUGCAGAUCUGGGACACGGCGGGCCAGGAGCGGUUCCGGUCCAUCACGCAGAGCUACUACCGCAGCGCCAACGCGCUGAUCCUGACCUACGACAUCACCUGCGAGGAGUCCUUCCGCUGCCUGCCUGAGUGGCUGCGCGAGAUCGAGCAGUACGCCAGCAACAAGGUCAUCACCGUGCUCGUGGGUAAUAAGAUUGAUUUAGCUGAUAAGAGGGAAGUCUCCCAGCAGAGAGCUGCAGAGUUUUCUGAAGCACAGGACAUGUACUAUCUGGAAACGUCAGCGAAAGAAUCGGAUAAUGUGGAGAAACUCUUCCUGGACUUGGCCUGCCGGCUGAUCAGCGAGGCACGACAGAACACCCUUGUGAACAAUGUCUCAUCCCCCUUACCAGGAGAGGGGAAAAGCAUCAGCUACUUGACUUGCUGUAAUUUUAAUUAAAGAGCUGGCAUGUGAUUGCCCCUUCUGCCAUGGGCCAAGUGGAUUUUUUUUUUCCUAUGCUGGGAUUUAUCUACUUGAAGGAAUUCCUGCCAAUCAGACCCAUCUGGCUUGCUCAGAGUCAGGUUACAGUCCUGGAAGCAUGGCAGGCUGAUGGUUCCAGCUGCAUGGCAAUGUAGCAGAAUACAACAGGGUUUAAAUUUCAUUUUUCUUGCAGUCUGUGGAGCAGAUCAGAAAAGGAAGAGUUGCGCAAGUGCUUCGUGUAAUGCAGAACAUGAGCUGUUUUGUUUCCUUCUGUGCGAGAGUAGACCAGCCUUUCUUGAAGAUACUGAAGAGAUCAAAAUCUCUCUCACAGAACAACGUGUUUGACCCUUUUUAAAGUGAAACAAAAUAAGAAGAAACGCAACAAUGAGCACUGACUUUGGACUACCCUGGCAAUCUCCUGGGCUGUCAGCAAGUGAGCCCGUAGGAUGUGUACAUAACGUCUGCCCCUGUGUCUCCAUGGAGGACUCUGAUGUUUGAAAUAGUGUUAUGUCUCUCAUCUACAGGCACUUUCAUGAACGUGGAAUAAACAAAAAAGUUACAUAUAGCAGCAUUUUCAAGACUGAAGAAGACAUGGAUAUGGCUCAGUCGCUCCCUUUGGUGCUAGCAGUUCAGCAAAUAUUCCAUAGGCCAAAUGUAGUCUUACCACAUUACUGUCUUCUGAAUGUGUAACUUAGACUGGUUAGGAAAAAACACUAAUAAGCACUGUUCAUAAAAAUAAAAAAAAAAAUCUCAUUACCUCUUUUUCUAGGCCUGAACAUAGUGGGAAAGGACUGUGUGCUUCUUUGAUAUCCAACAAAGGAUGAAAAGACUUUCCAGAAAUAAAAAUAAAUAAAUAAAUUAACCAUUCCUCC